AUAAGAGGAUCUCUUGGGGCUUCUGGCCAGCCAGUGUAGGCUACUUGGUGAGACCCACACCAAUGAAAGACAAAGAAGCUAGGGGUCGGUGAAAGGCCCCCGCCACAAAGCCUGAUCUUUGGGACCCACAUGGAAGGCGAGAAGCAACUCCUGCAAGUUGUCCUCUGACCGUGACAUACCCGCUCACAUGUCUACAUGUAUACACAUACACAGAAGAAAUGUUCGAAGACUGAAAGAAGCUAAGUAUGUGGUACAUGCCUGUAAUCCUGGCCUCUCGAGGCAGAGGCAGGAAGAUGGAGAAUUCAAGGCCUGGCUUGUACUUGGGUUAGGCAAUGAGACUUCGUCUAGGAAACCAAUCAGCUAUUGGGGGAGCAGAAGGGGAAAGGGCAGCUGCUGCCAGUGAGGUUCCCUGCUGGGAGCACAUCAAACAAAGUGACCAAUGGCCAGGGUGAAGGUUGGUCCAGGGAGAAGGUACUGCCUGGGACGUGGAAGAUGGGGUGAUAGGCCAGUUCCACCACACAGAGGGCCACCAUAAGGGAGACAAGAGGACAUGACUACUUCCAUUUUAUUCCCAGCCAAGGGACAGGGAAGGAGUGUGACAUCAUCGCCAGCAGGUUUCCCCAAGGGCACUAGAAUGUAGGGCCCCACAUAUUGUGCCCACUUCUCUUACAGAAGUGACCCCUCCCUUCACACCAGCACAGUCCCAUACCCCUCCCCCCUCCGUCCUCCCACCUUCCUGCCCUUCUCACUUACUUCCUCUCCUGCCUACCCCCAACACACCCUUUUCAUCACCUCUGGCCCUGCAGCCUCCUUACCCAGCAGCAGGGCCACAUGAUGGUGGUAAAAAUAGCUCCUUGUAACAGUGUGUGACUGGAGGGGCAGAGGCAGGAGGCAAGGCUGGCCCCCAGUGCUAGGGAAGGGCCCUUGGGAGGUGUGGGCUCCUGAUCCCCUCCCUGCUUGGUCACACACUGGGCCACCUCAGUCUCAGGCUCCCUCACCCAAAGCAUACGCCCGGAGCUGGCAGCAGCAAAGCAGUGUGACGCGGCUCUCAGAGGGCAGCCUUGGCGAUGCGUCUUUAUUCCGUCUUGUGGGCAGGUGUGACCCCCAGUGUCCCCAGGAGGUGGAAGUUUCUCUGAGUUUCUAUGUCUGAGCCACCAUGGCGUGUGCAGGGCCGGCCAGUGGGCGGCAACGGGUGAGCAUGCAGGAGCACAUGGCCAUCGAUGUGAGCCCUGGCCCCAUACGGCCCAUCCGCCUCAUUUCCGGCUACUUCCCACACUUCUAUCCCUUCCUGGAGCCAGUGCUGCGCGCCCCAGACCCACAGGCAGUCUUGGCCCCGGCCGUCUGCUCUGUACCCCAGCUGCAGCCCAACCCAGAACUAGAAGCAGACUCAGAUGACGGCACUGUCCUAGGCUCCCUGGAGUUCACGCUUCUCUUUGAUGCGGACAACAGUGCCCUGCACUGCACAGCGCAUUGUGCAAAGGGCCUCAAGCCACCAGCCUCAGGCUCUGUGGACACCUACGUCAAAGCCAAUUUGCUGCCAGGGGCCAGCAAGGCCAGCCAGCUUCGGACACGCACUGUUCGAGGCACGAGGGCCCCUGUCUGGGAGGAGACACUCACCUAUCAUGGCUUUACUUGUGAGGAUGCUGGAAGGAAGACCCUGAGGCUAUGCGUGUGUGAGGACUCACGGCUGAGGCGCCGGCGGCGCGCACCACCCUUGGGGGAGCUACGAGUGCCCCUGAGGAAGCUGGUGCCAAACAGAGCCAGGAGCUUUGACAUCUGUCUGGAGAAGCGGAGGCUGACCAAGAGGCCCAAGAUCUUGGACACGGCCCGUGGCAUGUCUCUGUAUGAGGAGGAGGAGGUGGAGGUAGAGGCCUCUGGAGAGGAACGUGGGCGCAUCCUACUGUCCCUGUGCUACAGCUCCGAGCGUGGCGGCCUGCUGGUGGGUGUGCUGCGCUGUGCCCACCUUGCUCCCAUGGACACCAAUGGCUACUCGGACCCCUUUGUGCGCCUUUUCCUGCAUCCAAGCUCUGGGAAGAAAUCCAAAUAUAAGACCAGUGUUCGGAGGAAGACCCUGAACCCCGAGUUCAAUGAGGAAUUCUUCUACGCUGGUCAUCGGGAGGAGCUGGCCCAGAAGGCACUGCUAGUGUCUGUGUGGGACUACGACCUGGGCACAGCCGACGAUUUCAUUGGUGGGGUGCAGCUGAGCGGCAGAGCCAACGGGGAAUGCCUGCGCCACUGGCGUGAGUGCCUGGGCCACUGUGACCACCGGCUGGAAGUGUGGCACCUGCUGGACAGUGUGCCCCCCCAACUUGGUGACUAGCCAGCAUGGGACCCUGCCUGCAACCUGUUCAGGGCCAAGAUGUCAGCUGUAUCUGGAGAGAGCUCUGGGUUGGCCCCAUCUGCUAUGUGCAUUCUUGUCUCUUUUCAGCCAUACCACCCCCAAAACACAAAGCAAAAUAAACACCUGCUUCUGCCAGCCAG